AUGGCACACUCUCUGAAUGAGUGGCUGUGGCAGCAUGAGUUCUGGCUGCCCCCAGGAAUCACCUGGGAGGACAUGCAAGAGUCUGAAGACAUCCGUUACCCUAAGCCUCAUGAUCUCCUGCUCAGUAUCCCUUUUGCUUUAAUCUUGGUUGUCAUUCGAUGUGCCUUUGAAAGAGCCAUAGCCCUGCCCCUCAGUAGCAAACUGGGUGUGAGAGACAAGCAGAGACCAAAAGCUCAGCCCAACCCCGUGCUGGAAACAUUCUACAGUACGUGCUGCAAGAACCCUGCAGAGGGUGAGCUGAUCAGUUUAGCCAAGCAGUGCGACUUGCCGGUGAGGAAGGUGGAGAGGUGGUUCCGGCGCCGGAGGAACACAGACCGACCCAGCCUGUCGAAGAAGUUUUGCGAGGCCUGCUGGAGGUUUACAUUUUACAUCAUUUCUUUCUUCACUGGACUUGCUGUCCUGUACGAUAAGCCUUGGCUUUGGGACCAUAGAGAGUGCUGGACAGGAUAUCCUCAACAGCCUCUCCAGCCCUCCCUGUUCUGGUACUACCUGCUGGAGCUCUCCUUCUACUGGUCAUUGGUCUUCACCCUGCCCUUUGAUGUGAAGAGGAAGGAUUUCAAGGAGCAGGUGGUCCAUCAUGCUGCAACCAUCUUCCUGAUCAGUUUCUCGUACUGUGCAAAUUACAUCCGCAUUGGUACGCUGGUGAUGGUGAUUCACGAUGCUUCUGAUUGCUUCCUAGAGCCAACCAAGAUAUUCAAUUACAUGAAGUGGAAAAAAACUUGUGACAGCCUCUUUAUGAUCUUCUCAGCUGUUUUCCUCAUCAGCCGCCUGGUCAUUUUCCCCUACACAGUGCUCUAUAACACCUACUAUUACUCCAUGGAGAUAUUCCAACCCUUCUUUGGAUACUACUUCGUGAAUGCUCUCCUGAUAAUUCUGCAGCUGCUCCAUGUCUUCUGGUCCUCCCUAAUUAUUCACAUGGUCUACAAGUUCAUCCUCCAGGGCACGAUGGAAAAAGACAUGAGAAGUGACACAGAAGAGAGUGACAUGGAUGAAGAAAGAGAAAAUAUUAGGGGAAAGGAGAAAAACAGGAUCACAUAUUUCACCAAUGUCACAAGCUACAAUUGCAUCCAGAGGAACGGGUCUGAGCCACUGAACGACAGAACCCAUCUCACCAAUGGCCACGUCAAGGAAAGAUAGCUACCGCUCACAUGCUUCUAAUCUGGUCUUUAAUGAAUCCAGUCCACCAUCUUUUAGAAACAGUUUUGCUCAUUGUGUAGAUAAAAUGGAGUGCAAUUGCAGUAUCAUAGCUGAAAUCCUGCUUCCUGUAUACAACGUGUUCAUAGUCAG